AGAAUACCCUUUUCUCGCGGUAUUAAUUGGCGGUAGUUUUCGUUGACUCUGUCUUCCACACUUCGGAUGGCUGGUCAAUAUGCUGGGUUCCGAGUUGAAAUAACCUCGUCCGAACUUGGGAAAAUUGUUGGCGUUGUCUCCAGCGUUAGUGACAAAAAAAUCAGCCUCACUAAUGCUGUUAUUAAUGACUAUGCACCUACGAUCCCGUCAUUCUCGGUUGAGAGUCGUUUCAUCCAAAAUAUUCGUAUUCUGUCAACUGCGAGUGGUGGUGAAUCAUCUGGUAGUGAUACACCGGUCAAAUCUGCAAACAAAUCUUCGAAUUCUUCACGUGAACAACGUCGAGAAUGGCUAAGAAAUAUUCCCAAUACUUAUAGUGUAUAUGUAUGCCCUGACUCACCCCCUAUAAUUCACAAAACACCUGGUGCACCAGUUUCCGGUAGUAAUGCAGGUAAUAACGAUAGAUCUGGACAUAUGAACACAACCAAUCUAAACGAUUUGCAACUGUUGGAUGGUGCAUUGGCAAAAGUCUGCAUUCGUGAAUCAAAUGACUUUAGUCCUGCCCGCAAAUAUGCAGGAGUGAACAAACGUUCUCACUCUAAACGUCGUAGCUAUUCCAUGUCAGAAACAGCUGCUACAACAAGUGAUGUCUCGGGCACUGAAAGUGAUUCAUUCCAUCGUCAUGCCAACUCGGGUACACGUGGUCAGUUCGGUGGAGGUUCCGGUGGUGGCAAUGUUAAUCGUCAUGCUCAGACUCGUGGUCACUCACGUAAUCAUCAGAAUUACAAUCACCGUGGUGGAGGAAAUGUUGGGAUAAAUGGGUGUGUGAGUGGCAGCAACGGUAAUCAAAAAAAUUCAGUAGAUUGGGAUCGAAUUCGUGUUGAGGAAUUUAUUGACGAAGACUUUGACUUCGAAGGGAAUUUAGCGUUGUUUAAUAAGAGUGCAUUUUAUGAAAUGGUUGAUUUACGUGAAGGUCAUUCAAUAGGACCUACUCCUGACAUGAACCAUUCGUCCUGUAUUUCAUCUGCACCACCACACUUUGCAGAAGGUCCAGAUGGCGUCGGGAUUCCAUUACUUGGUAUUCCAACUCGACCUUUCCAUUCAACAGCUCUAUCAGCCACAAAAACAACAACCACAGCAGUAACAUCUAGAUCAACGAGUACAAUCGCAGCCAAUGCAGAUCAUCUUGAAGAGAGAAACAAAUCGAAUACGCGAACAACUUCGUGUUACGAAUCACAAGCCCAACCUAAGGAUUCUAAUCACACCAACAAAGUUCAGGCUAAAGAUAAGAAUUCACUGGAUGACGAUUCUGAUCACACUGCCUAUGUGCAAUCUCGAACAAAUCCUGCGAAACGUGUCUCCUAUUGGUGGUAUACCUGUAUAGGUCAACGUGUUCCAAUAUGUCAAUUAGAGCAACGACAACGUCUUAUUCACUAUUUAGCUACAGGAAUAGAUUUAGAUACUCAGGCAAAAAGUACAUUGAUAUCAAACAGUGUGAAUACAGCUGGUUUUCCCGGUCUUACAUGGGGUCGAUUGAUAGAAUCUGCCAGUCGUCCUUUGGUUGAUAAUAUUAUGAUGUGUCUACGCCAGUCAAAUAAAACACCUCAGCGAGUUAUUCACAGACCUCCAGCUCGUAUACUGAUCAUACCAAAUGGAUCCAGUCACUUGGGUGCAACAAUAUCCUUGAGUGUUGCCAGACAACUGUCUUCACUUGGUUCAUGUGUUCUUUUGUAUGCUUCUACUUUAUCUAAGAAUAAUAGUCCGACAGGCAAUGAUGAAGGUGAUGAUGAGUUUCCUGUUAACAGUGAUUUAAUGUCCAGUGUGUACAGACAUGAAUUAAAUUUGCUCAAACACUUGGCACCUAAACCAAAUCAGUAUGGACUAGAUGAUGAAGAUGAAUCAGACAAUUAUGAUGAAGAAUAUCAAACAGAUGAUGAAGAUAAUCAUGGCAGCGAUAAACAACUUCCUGGAAGUUUUAUUGCUGCUAACAGCAGUGGCAGUUCUGUUCAACACUCAUUGGCAAAUAACAUUAGCAAUGUGCAUGUAGAUGCUAGUGGUUUCAGUGAGCAGAAUGAUGCCGAUUUUGAUAGUAUGAGUUGUUGCUUUAGUUAUUCUGAUUCAGCACAUGCCUUGCAAUUCAGUAUUGUUGAUUACAGUUGUGUUGGUCGAAUGUGGAUGAGCCGUAUGCCUGGUUUGAAGAUUAUACGUCGUCCAAGUUCAAUUACUAAAUUACCGAGUGGUAUACGAAUCGACCUGGUAAUAAUUGGUCAUUCAGACAGUAAUGCUGAAUAUGAAGCGAAUUCAAACUUAUUAAUCAAUUGGUUACGGAAUCACAAUUCAAUUGGUGGCAUCAUUCACCUGACACCAUCUCAAUCCAUUGUUGACUCGAAUAUUCUGUUAAGGAAUGCUCAACGAUUUGUUUGGUUGAUUGAAUUAGGCUUACCUGUACUGACACCUCAAUGUCACUCAGUGUCAUCACAAUCAUCAUCAUCUUCGUCCAUCCCAGCUGAAAUAACACCCAGCACAACGACAGCAACAUUGACUACACUGACUCAUCUUUUGAUUGACAUUGGACUUGGACGUAAUACUGUGCGUCGAUUGACUGGUGACCUAAAUCUCCUCCCACCAUAUGGUUUGUUCGAUUUAGGCUCUAUGAUCCAGCUGUGUGCAGAACAAUCGACUACAAGUCAACGAACGCCAACUGCUGCACGAUAAUCAUCAGUUGUGUUAGUCGACUUGUUUGUACAGACAUCUGGACACAUUGUAAUCAGUUUACUUGAAUCCUACUUUGUCUUUUCCUUCUUCUUUUUUUGUAUACGUGCUUUUUGCAUUGUUUUAUAGAUCAAAAUUUAACUGAGUUUUAUUGUUAAUAUUUAUCCAUAGAUAUUCAUGUGUACAUUAUUUUUCAUGCAAAUGUUUCAUAUUUUCUUGACCAAAAACACGUACAUUUUGAUUUUUUUUUUCCACAUGUUCAACAAAUAGUGUAUUUUCUAUUGCUCAUCAUGUAAUCUGAAGGGUGUUCUGAGGUAUUUUGAAUUUUCUCUUUCUACUUCCUAUAUUGCGGCUGUUGUGAUUAUCAUGGUAACUUAUGUGAGUAUCAAAGAGACAGUAGCAGUCCUAGGCGUGGCGUACAUGUCCAGGCUAAUCGUUAUUACAGCAGCAACCUAAUCCCUUCAGUUGUCUUUCUAGAGAUAUUGUUCCGUAUAUAUUCAAUAGUAUUUUGUAUGUGUAUACCUGAAUGUUUUGUACAUCUUCAGUCAUUGUUUGCUCUCCUUCAGUAUGUUUCUUCUCUAAGGUUUUAUUUGAAUCUUGUACUGUGUAUAGAAAAAUGUUGGUGAAUAAAUGGAUGGAUUUAGAAGGUUGGUACUCACGAUUGCUCAUUUUGCCUGGUCCUUUGGUUUCUAAUGAAAUAGCAAAAUGUUUCUCUGAGUAAGUAUGGACGUAGUUGUGCAACGAUGAGGAUUUAAACGAGGAUAAGCCAGAAACAGACAUCCAUCGUGCUCCACAGUCAUUUAACUCGACUUUCGUCUUCGCAGGCAUUUCAAGAGAACAUCAAUUGUCACUGUGUGGACAACAGAUAAACCAGACAACAUACAGCCUUACACGUAAGUGCAGCGAUUUAUUUACGCGAAAUUGACAACAGCAUUCAUCAAAGAACUAGAUAGAAAAGAAUAUUUUCGAAGACAAAUGUAUCUGAAAGGGAAGAUGAGCGAAAAAAGGUCACUAAAGUAGUCAUCCAUCACAGAUCGUGAGCUGUAACGCCAAAUGUCUCCUACCAUCUUGAAUAUUGGGCAGUUUGAUCAUCUCUGAAGAGUCGAAGACCUCAAUGAUUAUGGCCAUAUCGCAGUAAAAUAUCGAUCACUAGCGCAGUCGUAGUUGUGCACUGCUGAGGCGUUCUCAAAAUACAUCAAGCACCUAUCAAUUGUUACCAAGUUUUCAGCUAUUCAAAUGACUUCGCUUACUCCCCAAUGAAAACUACCCAGAAAAAUCCCAUUCCAACUAACCGCCAAUUCAUUUAAUCCCAACUGCGAUAAUCAUAUCUACUCUAACACAGCGGCUAUUGUUGCAAUAUUUUGCGGAGCGUGUUCACACUGCAUCUCAGAAAAACUGAACAUUCAUGAUUCGAUUGGUCUCUUUUUCAUCUUGUGUUUCGAAUACUGUUCAUUUAGUAGGAUAAAUUCAAAGUGGGAUAUCGUCUUUCUGUCGGCUGAUGUCAUUCGUGAACGUUAUGAAGGGAAGAUAUGCCUUUGAGUGAAAGUGAAUUCUCCACAGCGAGCUGAUUUUUAUCACUCUACGGUCGAGAAUAGAAGUGUUGGCAGCAAUUUUAACGAUUUAUUUAUGUGAUUCAAAAACUUUUAUGCUCACGAAAAUCCUUUUCGCAGUUUACGUGAGAAUGUAUCCAAGCAGAUUCAUAAUCUAGUAAUGGGUCUUCCUAGUAAGAUCGAAACGAUGAGGAAUAAUACAAAUUAUUUGUUCUAAUGUACUACGCCGGGAUUAUAUUAGCGAAUUUAUCCAAGUGGGUGUUGAUGAUAAGAAUGGAUAUAAGUAGUAUGUGUUGAGAGGGUGGCAGGAAUCAUAGGCAACUACCAGCAAUGGGUAAGGAUUCUGCCCAGGGAGAACGCGGCGUAUCAAGGGAGAAACAAAAGAAGAAAUGAAACACAUUUUGCAAAUGACUGUCUUGGUGGAAGGUGUACCAUAUUUAGCGACUACUGUUCCAAAUGUUAAUAGUGAACAUUCCCUCCUACAUCUCUGUCCUCUCGUUUCCUUCAGUUGAUGUCGCUGCUUCUGAACAUGAUGACUCCUUGGCCUGCAGUGUUCGAGGAUGAAGACGUCAAGAUCUUCCUCAGGGACUUCAAGUCGGUCGCGGAGCUGGUGGGUGUCUGGGAUCCAGGAGCGAAGGUUGUGGUACUUGGCACAUUGCUGGUGGGUAGAGCGAAAGCAUCAUAUGACGGCGUAGAACGUAGGAAUAGAAAGGAGACUUGGCAGAGAAUGGUUGAACGUCUGGAGGCGGAUUUUGACAACCCAGCGAACAGGGAGCUGGCGAUGCGGCAGUUCCGGACCACGAAACUUAGAAUAGACGAGGAUCCGCUGGUAUUGGCUGUGAAGUUGACUAAACUACUUCAACGAGCAAUUCCCACUUUGGAUGAGAACUCCCAGGAGCAGUUGCUGACUGCACAAUUCACCUGAAGUGUCCCGAAUCCCUUCGCCCAGCAGCUACUACUAGUGAACGCAGCCCAAUCCAUGGAUAUUAAUGGGUAGAGCAGUAGCUGCGGUGGAGUCUCCAGAGGUAAAUAACUGGCAAAACAAAUCGACAACCUUCAGGAGGAGGUGGCUGCACUUCGAGUGAAUGCUUUACAUGCGGAAAACUGGGACACUAACGAAGAAGCUGUCUGGAGAUGAAAAAGAAAAAGUUUUGAACGA